AUGGUGGUGGAUCUGCAGCACUUGCAUCGCCAGCACGAUGGAACUGCCCAAGCUAGGAGUACAGUGCGCGAAGCCCGAUUGCCGACGGCUAGACUUCCUGCCCUUUCCCUGCAACUUAUGCUCCCUGACGUACUGAAUGGAGCAUCAUUCGAAAUGAAAUUGGUCCGUUUUAUUAUUGAUAGCCUCGACCACCGACAUGCAGAGGCACAUGAAUGUAAAAACUGGUCGGAAAAGAAGAAGGACAUAGAUCCAAGUUGCGGAUCCGUACAAGAGGCAUCCUCACAGAAGAUUCCUUGCUCCUUUUCUUCAUGUACAACUGCCGAGCUGUGGUCCGCCACCUGCCCCAAGUGUGCCAAGCAGUUUUGCUUAAGGCACCGACACCCUCCCGAUCACUCGUGUACAGCUCCUACCCAAAAAGAUGUCAAAAGAGAGGAGAAGGAACAAGCCUACAAAGAGCUGAUAGCGACACUGGCAACGUCAUCGGAAAACGCAAGGCAAAAAGCGCUGGCGACAGAAAACCUAGCACCUAAAAAGAAGAGCAAGAAGCUGAAUCCUACCAUUGAAUUGAUGAAAAUGAAAAUGCAUGCAAAGGGGGAAAAGCCAGUACCACUCGAAUCACGAGUAUACUUUCGCAUCUACUUCCCGUUGGAAAGCAAAAUAGAGAAUCAAGCAAUGUUCUUUCAUAAGGACUGGACAAUUGGUCGCUUGAUAGAUAACAUAGCCGCAGCGGUCAAAAUACAAAACAUGAAUAACACGGGUCCCGAGGACAAGAAACUGAAUUUAUUCCAUGGUGAUACGGGAGGCCAUCUUGCGACGGAUGCUACCUUAUCAUCUUUGAUUUCUACAAGACGCCUCCAGAGCGGACAAGCUCUGAUUUUGGAGAGACACCAGGGGCCUACCAUUCCUCUUACUGCCUAUCUGUCCAACGAAUAA